AUGAAGAGAAUAUACUUCCCAAAAGGUACUCGUCUUCCUACUGCUACUAUUAUUCUCUCUCUAAACCCUACCCCAUUAUCAGAUGUUCAUAAUAUACUUUCAUUUCACUCUCAUUUUGCCACUUCAAUUCGCAAAUCACUUUCUGAGAAACCAAGAAUUGGGUUUUCAAAGACUUAUAAUGUUAAUCAUAAUAAGCUCAAAGAUGCUCUAAAUUCAUUCAAUCGGAUGGUCCGAACGCGACCUCUGCCUUUUAUUAUUGAAUUUAAUCAGUUGCUAGGUUUUAUUACCAUAAUGAAACAUUACUCAAUUGUUGUUUCUCUCUAUAAAGAAAUGCGUGUGUUGUGUAUAUCUAUUGAUGAUUACACCAUGACCAUCGUAAUCAACUGUUAUUGCCACCUAAAUCGAGUGGACUUUGGGUUUGCUACUUUAGGGGACCUAUUCAAACGUGGUCAUGUACCAAAUGUGACUACAUUCACCACUCUGAUAAAAGGGCUUUUCUUAAAAGAUAAAUUUGCCGAGGCAAUGGAGUUGUUUAACAAGCUGUUGAGGGGGAAUGAGAUUGAGCCUGAUGAAAUUAUGUAUGGAACAAUGAUAAAUGGUCUUUGCAAAAUAGGAAAUACUAGCAUGGCCAUUGGGCUACUUAGGGCUAUGGAGAAAACAAAGAUUUUUAGGGCUAAUUUAGUAAUGUAUAGCAUCAUAAUCGAUAGUCUUUGCAAGGACAAAAUGGUAGAUGAUGCUUUGGUCCUUUUCUCCGAAAUGAUGGAGAAAGGCAUUUUGCCCAAUGUUACUACUCUUUCUGUCAGUCAUGUCGUUUUAAGUUAG